AUGGCGCGACCAAUAUCCGAACUAAUCAAUACCACUGAUCCUGGUAUUAAUCUGGUCCACGAAUGGGCACGAGACAAUAGCGAGCUGUGUGAAAUUCUGCCGCCUGAUCAAGGAUUGCGCAGCGACAUUCUAUUGCAACUGCAGGUCACGACACGCUCAAUCCUCGGCGCCGUGGCCUACGAAACCGGGGGUAUCCUCGCGCUCAACAGACGGGUGCGAAUACUCGGAUCUGGCUCAGACCGCUCUCUCCUGACUGCCAAUGGGACGAUUGGAGGCCAUAGUGGACUUCUUAUUGUCGGCGAUGAUAUAUUGGGCGGUGUCUUGGCACUCAAUGGUGGACACUUUGGCAACGAGACGAUUGGCGAGAUCUAUUAUCUUGCUGCCGACGAUCUUGUCUGGACCUCCCUCGACGUGGGCUACACGGAUUUUAUCUAUUGUUGCCUGACCGCCGACCGCAAUCUGCUAAGUCGACUCUUUUUAGACUUUGAGUCAUAUGUGCAAGAGCCUCCGCCUUUUACUAAGGCCCUCUCCAUCAUUCCUUUUCUUUGGUCUAAAGAAUCACGCAAUGGUCCCGUGAGUGUCGCGGUUAUUGACGCUACCGAGGCAGUAAACGUCCACAUUGAUAUCGCACGCCAACUCACUGAAGAAGCCUCAUAA